AUGGAGAGCUUCGCAGACGAUUCACAAGAUGGGCUAGGAUACGAGAUGCCGCCGCAGAUAUAUCCCAACUAUGGGAUGGCGGGCGGGAGUCCGUUCAAUGCCAGCCACGCAGGUCAAGCGAUUCAGGAUGACGAGAGAGACGGGGACCCAAAAAGGAGGAGGAUAGCAAGGGCUUGCGAUAUGUGUCGCAAGAAAAAGAUCAAAUGCGAUGGCAAGAUGCCCAAAUGCUCCCAUUGCAUCAAUUACAAGACGGAAUGCAUAUUCACACAGGUUGAAAAGAAGAGGAAUCCUCCCAAAGGCGCCAAAUAUAUCGAAGGAUUAGAAAAUCGAAUGAGGAGAUUAGAGGGGCUGUUGAAGAUGGCAGGUAUAGCGGACAGCGAGACUGAUAUCCCUUCAAUUGAGCGCCGCCUGCAACAGGCCCAACACAAUGAUCUCAAUGGGUUUUCUGGUGCUACUGCCGCCGCUCGCUCAUCGAUUGAAAAUGCCGGCAAAUCACGCACAGGCUCAUUACAAUCUACUCCGCCACAAGACUCAAAUUCAAGUCCUAGGGUGGCCGACUCACCUGUUUCACAAGAGGACAAGGAGCACGACGUCGAGGCAUUGUCGGAUAUGAUGUGUUCCCUUGUUACCAACAAUUGCGGAGAAACCAGGUAUAUCGGCUCCUCCUCCGGCUUUUCAAUAUUCUCACCCCGCGGCAUUCAAUGGGUUAAUGAAAAGACGGGUGACACAUCAUUCCACGAUAUGAUACAGGCCGCCUAUGUUGACGACAAUAAAUGGCUAUAUUGGAAACCGGAGAUAUUUAGUGAUAUCUUUGCCCGACGAGUUUUCAAGCCAUUGCCUCCAAAGGAAGAGGCCAUGUCGUUAUUCCGAGACUUUUUCGAUAACUUCAAUGCUCUCCUUCCUCUGUUUCACGAACCCACUUUCAUGCAUCUUGUUGAACGACAAUAUUCACGAGAUCCUUACGAAGGUUCAGGGUGGUGGGCUAGUAUCAAUAUUGUACUAGCUAUCUCACACAGACUUCGUGUGAUGAGUCACCUUGUUCCUCAAGAAGAGGAUAAGAAGGCCUGGCUUUACCUUAAAAACGCAAUGGGUGUCUUGACAGAGCUUACAAUGCGUAAUACGGAUCUCCUAAGUGUCCAAGCUCUCCUGGGAAUGUCUCUGUUCUUGCAAGGCACUCCCAAUCCACAGCCAUCAUUUUUCCUGGUGGCAGCUGCCAUCAGACUCUCACACAGUAUUGGGUUGCACAAACGAGGCUCACUAUUCAACCUGAACCCAGUAGAAGUGGAGCAGCGUAAAAGAGUCUUUUGGAUCGCUUACUUAUUGGACAAAGAUAUCUGCCUCCGAUCUGGGAGACCUCCGGUACAAGACGAUGACGACAUGAACGUUGAGCUUCCCAGUGAAAUACCUCCUGAUAACGUUGGCCUCAUUCCCCUGGUGACUGGCGAAGGCCAAUUCAACAUCUUCAGGGUAAUGUGUCGAUUCGCCAUCAUCCAAAGCAGAGUGUACAAAAGACUAUACUCAACCAAGGCCGCUAAACAGUCUGACGGCGAGAUUCUGAAUACAAUUGGCGAACUUGACAAGGAACUAGAAGAGUGGAAGGAUAGUAUACCGCUCGACUAUCGCCCUGAAAAUGAGAUCAAGACAACACACACACCCCUGAUACUGCAUGUGAUGAUCUUACACUUUGCAUACUACAACUGCCUGACUACGAUACAUAGAAUGGCAGUGCACCACGGCUACUGGACUAGCCGCUUGUCCAACUAUGCUAUACAAGGAUUGAAUGCAAGGCCAUUAAAUCCCAGAGUCUUCUCUUCUGCCAAUAUCUGCGUUUCCGCUGCAAGAGCAUCAAUCAAUUUGAUAAAAUAUAUUCCCCAAGGCGAUUUCGCCUGCGUAUGGCUCGUCCUAUAUUACCCAGUCUCUGCUCUUGUUACGCUGUUUGCGAAUAUCUUGCAAAACCCACAGGAUGCCCGUGCUCGUUCAGAUAUCAAAUCAAUGAAUGUUGUGGUCAACUUUCUUUCAAUGUUGGGCUCAGACGAAUCUAAUGGCAGCGUCAGACGGAUGCUGAGUGUCUGCGCGGAAUUCGAGAGAAUUACCAGAGUGGUGGUCGACAGGGCCGAGAAAGAAGCGCUCUCAAGACGAAAACGCAAAGUUGCCACGGAGGAUAUGAACGUGAACAACACCCAGAGAGCCGACACGUCGAAUAGAUCAGGCCCUACAGCUAGCUCAGAAAAUUUCAUGGAUGCCACUGCAUUCUCACCUGGAGAACAGCAACAACAACAAGGCACUCCAUCAGGCACGCUACCUACGACCCAACCCUCAAUAGGGGUCGAAUCGCGCAACCCUAGCGAUAUGAUGUCUAGCACCUUUGGCGAUCUGAAUGCGAACAUGCCAGUAUUCAACCCCGAAGUUUCCUUUGCAGAUCAGCCGAAUUUGCACUCUAGCGCCACAGCAACCACCACUUCACCUUCUGAUAACCAGUUCUAUCCUUUCCAGCCAUCAUUCGUACCUCAAGAUCUGUGGCAGAUGCCAAUGACGCUAGAAUGGGAUUGGGCAGACUUCUCUACGAUGAAUUUACCAAAUAUGGAUCAACCGGAUAUGUUCCAAGCUACUAUGCAUAAUGGGAUGUAA